GCUGCCAACAUGGCGGCUGAUGCAAAAGAGGGUGAUUAUUUUGUGAGAGAAAUUGAGAAAAACGACGGCUUUUCCCUAAAAGUGAAGCAGUGCUACUUGGGAGAUGUUGGCUGUGUUGUUUGGGAUGCAGCUAUUGUCCUGGCAAAAUAUUUAGAGACGAAGCAGUUUUAUGAUCCGUCCUCAGGAGUGAACGUGUGGGCUGGGAGGACUGUGGUGGAGUUAGGAGCUGGGACAGGAGUUGUUGGGCUGAUGGCAGCAACACUGGGAGCUGACGUCACUGUGACAGACCUGGAGGAUUUGCAGACCCUCCUGAGGUUGAACAUCCAGGAAAACCAGGCACUAAUCAAAAGUGGAUCAGUUACUGCCAAGGUACUGAAAUGGGGUGAAGAUGUGUCUGACUUCCAACCUCCCCCACAUUAUGUCCUUAUGGCUGAUUGCAUCUAUUAUGAGCAGUCUAUUGUUCCUCUGGUGGAGAGCUUGAAGCUGCUCUCGGGGCCAGAAACCUGCAUUAUUUGCUGCUAUGAGCAACGCACAGAAGGAGUCAACCCAAAAGUGGAGAAUCAGUUUUUUGAGUUGCUGCAAAGAAACUUCAACUGUGAGGAGAUCCCUUCAGAAAAGCAAGACCCAGAGUUUAGUAGUCCAGACAUCCACAUCCUGCACAUCCGGAGAAAAGCCUGAGUUUGUGUCUACAGUAAUCAGUAUUGUACCCUAAUACCCUAUGGAAAUCAGACUUCAAUUUGUACCUGUUUUAUAUUUAAUGUAUCUUCAUUUCUGUACUCGCUGUAACAUUUUUUUAAGGAAAUAUAUGUUUUGGAUAUAUCACUAAAGAAUGUACUUGAUUUUUUUUUUUUAAAGCGAAACCAUUGUAAACCUGUUUUUCGUAAACUUCAAAACACAUGAAGAUAAUAUCAGGAGUUUCAUGGGUGUGUUUCAUUGUAGGGCUGUGAAGGUAGAUGGCAGACAUGGGCAAGCAGAGACAUGACAGACUAUGCAGCCUAUCCUUAAUAUAAAAUGAGUUGUUUAAGCUAGACUAGAUCACAAAUUGACCACAAUUAAACCAUGGUUUCUUGGUGAUUGUUUGGAUUUUUGUCAUGCAAAUCUUUUAAAUGUAAAAGACAGUGAAAGUUUGAGUUUAAAGCUCAGUAAACUGCAGCAAAAUAAAAAAACAUUAGACUUGCUGUGAUUUUGCUUUGGACUGUUCAAUAUACAUGUUUGUAGGUUAUAACAUUAGGAUAAUAUGCAGGGUCACAAAUUAGAUUGAUAUAGUUGACCUUCCCCUAGAAUGAGCAGCUGAGGUAUGUAAAUUCAGACAUUACUGAUUUGGAGCACUAGGGGGCAAUAGUUGCCUUGAGUAAAUACAAAGUAUUUAACUUUGUGUAAUGUUAAGCCUGUGCAAUACAACCUAUUAGAUUAUGACUACUAGUGAGGACCAAGAUUGUUACAUUAAAAUUUAGUUAAUUUAGGUUUUGAAAUGUUAUUUUUACCUUUUUAUAACUUUUUACAUUUAGAGAGGUGGGAAAAUAAAUAAUGACUAAAACCUCCUUAUCCAUAUGUUUCUGUAGCUUGCCCAGUUAUAAAAAUCUCCUAAAAAGCUUUUGCCCUGCCUGCGAGGGGAAUUCCAUCCCAAGCCCCAGAUUAGCUGAAAGAUUACGGCUCUUUUUCAAGCAUAAACCAUGAAGUACGCCCCACACUCCCACAGGCAUGCAGGGGCCCCUCACAGCCUUUCAUGCUGCACUCUGUUUACACAGGAGAGAUGCAGUGUAAUGAGCAGGGUGGCCUCCAACGCUCACACCAAAUAAAAAUGUUAAUACUGAAGUUGACGGGUGAGGUUGACACUGAAGGUCCUAUUAAAUACCAAAAUUACUUUAUAAAAGAUUACAAUGUGGACUCAAGUUUGGUUAUGUACAUGCAUUAAUGUAAUGUUCAAUAUUAGUGCUAUAGGCUAACCUGUUUGCCUGAAAUCUGCUGACACUGUACAGCAAACAUCUGUGAGACCAUAGUGUCUGCGAGCCAUGAAUAUUCCUGAAUUUAAUGGUUACAUUUUUUAUUAAAAUCGAACAUUUCAUUAUCCA